AUGGAUAUACCAGAGGGUAAUGGAAACCCUCUGGGUAAUGGAAAUGGUCGAGCUAGGCAGACUCGACCGAUUGGGCUUGGAGAUGCACCAAACCGCCACCAGCAAAGAAGAGGGAUUGUCCCACCUCCUGUCCAGAACCACAAUUUCGAGAUCAAGCUGGGGAUGAUUACCUUAGUCCAGAACAAGAUGUUCCAUGGAUUGUCUUGUGAAGAUCCCAUUGAUCACUUGGAUGAGUUUGAUAGGCUGUGUGAUCUGACCAAGAUGAAUGGUGUCUCUGAAGAUGCCAUCAAGCUGAGACUCUUCCCUAUGUCUCUUGGUGACAAGGCCCAUCAAUGGGAGAAGAGUUUACCCCAUGGAUCAAUCACUACAUGGGAGGAUUGCAAGAAGGCAUUUCUUGCCAAGUUCUUCUCUACUGGUCGCACUGCUAAGCUGAGAAGCGAGAUAUCUGGUUUCACUCAAAGGAACAAUGAGACAUUUGCUGAAGCUUGGGAGAGAUUCAAGGGUUACACCAGUCAAUGCCCUCAUCAUGGCUUCAGCAAUGAGUCUUUGCUUUCCACACUUUACAGAGGAGUUUUGCCAAGAUACAAAGAGAUGUUGGACACAGCCAGUAAUGGAAACUUCCUCAAUCAAGAUGUAGAUGAUGGCUGGCAGCUUGUGGAGAACAUUGCUAACUCAAGUGGGAGCUAUGGAGAGGAGUAUGAUCGCACAAACAGGAGCUCGACCUCCAACUCGAUCGAGUCUGAUAGUAAGCUGAGAAACGAUGUCAAGGCACUCAAUGAGAAGUUGGAUACGCUUAUCUUAGCUCAAUCCACAAUGAAGAAGGCCAACUUUGUUUCUAAAGAAGAGAUGGUUCAAGGCCAAGAAGAGGAGGAGAAUCAGUUUGCUGAAGUGUGCUACAUUAAGAAUGGACAAGGAGGUUAUCAAAACGGUUACUAUGGCUACAAGUCACACCCUACCAUGUCCUACAGUAACACUGAUGUUGCCAAUCCUCAAGAUCAAGUCUACCCUCCGCAGCAACAGGCUCCAGCGAGUCAGCCUCCACAGCAAGGAUAUGGUCAGAAAGGGAAUUUCCAGGGCCAUCAGGGAAAUUAUCAAGGACAACAGCAGAGUGUACCAACUGGGUAUGCACCUCAAGCGCCUCAGGCUUCACCAAGUCAGGAACAAGAAAUAAAAGCCAUGUUGAAGCAGCUCUUACAAGGUCAAGCAGAUGGUGCUAUGGAGAUAAGCAAGAAGUUGGCUGAGAUGAACUCUAAGAUUGAAUCCUUGAACACUAGAGUUCACUCUUUGGAACACCAUGCUUCUUCUUCUGCUGCUAAGCAAGGUCAAUUUCCUGGAAAGGCUGUUCAGAAUCCAAAGGAGCAUUGUAGAGCGAUCUUCACUCAAGAGGAAGGAUUUGAUCAACAAGCUGCUAAUGAGAAGGAUAUUGAGGAGAUCUGUAUGCUGCUUAAUAAUGAAGACAAUGUUGUUGCUGAUGCUCCUGGAGUCCAGUACGCUCAACCUGAAGUGCAAGCUCCUCAGAUAGCUAUCCACGCUUCACCGGUUGAGCUCGCACAACAAGCUCGAUUGGCAGCUCGAUCGAGCCAGACCGUCUCACCAGCUCGAUCGAGUCAGAUGCUUUAUGCUCCAACACCAUCUGAUGAUGACACCUACAAGCCCCCUGUUCCAUUUCCAAGUAGAAUCCUUACCAAGAAUCAGAAAAAAGUCAUCACCAAGUUUAGGAAUGACAUGAGUAAGAUUGGGGUUGAGCUACCAAAUAUGGGAAGUUUUCAAGCUGCUCAUGUCCAAAAGAAGAUGAUUAAGGACAUACUUGAUAACAAGGACGAAGUAGCUCAGCUUUUGGAGCCCUCUUCUUCCCAGGGUGAUCUCUUAUCCACACCAACCUCACUACCCAAGCUGAAUGGUCAGGGAAGCUUCACUCUGCCUUGUACACUUGGUCACCUACAACUUGAGGAUGCACUUGUUGAUUCUGGAGCAAGUAUCAAUCUGAUCUCUCUUGUUCUAAUACAGAAAUUGGGUAUACAGAGUCUGAUCCAGCGACCUAAGUCUUCUAUCAUGUUUGGGGAUGCUUCUUCUAAAGCCCCACUUGGUAUUGUCAUGGAUUUCCCUUUGAGAAUUGGAGAGUGCACAAUCCCAAUUGAUCUAACAGUUCUGGAUAUGGUUGACGAGAAGGAUGUGCCAUUGAUCUUAGGGACACCUUUCCUCACCACUGUUGGUGCCUCCAUUGAUUUCCAUACAAAGAAAGUGAUCCUGCACAAUGUCAACAGCAAAGUCUCUUACCCUCUCAAGGCAUCAAGCUCUAAAUAUUGUGGAACCAUUGCCACUAAGUCACUGAGCAUCAAGGGUGAUGAGUUUGCUGAGGUUGAAAAGAUGGAGAUAAUGACUGAGAGCAGCACAGAGCCAGUUAUUUGUGAACCUUGUGUUCUGGAUGAGAUGGGUCUUGCAGUUUUGUUUAGUGAGCAGCUAGGAAGUGCUCAAAAAGAUGGGGAGGGUAUGGCUUUGAAGGCGUCUCCUGGACAUAAAAGAAAGAUGAUCACGCCUCAGACUCUCUCAAGCGCUCCAUCCCAGCUUACCCUGACUCUGUUGCCAUCCAAGUUCACAAAUGGGAAGAUUGAGUACAAGAUCAAGUGCAAGAGAAAGUCUAAACCGUUUUCCAGUAUCAAUGCCUUGGUCAGUCCUGAGCUGCAAAAAGAUCAAACCAAGCUCAAGGAGCUCCUAUCUUCAGUCCUUACUGUCACAUUUGAUGGCGGGACCGCUCUCAUUCAUGCCUAA